AUGGAUUUAGUUAAGUUGGCACCAAACUUUAACCCUCUACUUGCAGGUUCCUCCUCUAUUUUCGGCGACUACUUCGUCUUCCAGCUGCCCCACCUGAGCGCUUCCGGUCUGGCCACUGCGCAUGUCUACACGCCGUACUUCCGCGUCCUGAGCGUGACCCAGGUCCUGACCUUCACCCCCAGGAGGAGCUCAGAGACCAGACACGUGACACGAAACUGGGCCACACAUUUCAACAUCCCAGUGGGACUGCUACCGUCUAUCGGAGGACUGUCCGGUGCCAUUGUCUACACGUCAGACGGCUUGUUCGGCGUUGACGUCAUCCUCGCAGACAGAGAUCACGGCAGUGGCGCGCUCCAGGUGGCGCCUGUCUCGGCGUUUGGUGUGGAGUAUCACGCUGUCACGCUAGGAGAGAACCCUAUGGUCCUCAUCAUCUCCAGUCAGCUGACCACCGUGACUGUGGUCAUCCGGAACGGCCUGCCUAGACUGUUCCGCUUCACCUACCAGAGGAGGGACUACACCCACGGGGACACGUUCCAGAUCACCAUGCAACGGGAACAGGUUUUCUCACUACAGCACUGCACGACAGAGGAGAAAAAUCUGGGCACACUUACAGACUCCCAUAUCCUCAGUACUAGACCCAUUGGGCUCAUCGCCGGCAGCUGUUGGUCUAGGUUGGAGGAGGUCAUCAGCUGUGUCAAGAAACAGAAGGAGCCGGACAUAGCCGUAGAGAUGCUCCUCCCUACCUCCAGCUACGGCAAGACGUUUCUCAUCCCGUCUGUUGACGUCAUUGAACUCAGGUACUACGGCGUCGUCGUGACGUCACAGCGGAGCACCGUCAUCCGGUUCUAUGAAGGCGUCUUCGGUAAAUUCUACCUCCAGACUAUAGCUGAGUCGGGGAGUUCUAGAACUGUAUCCCUGAAGGUACCCCAGCUGCUGACGUCAAAUAAACCAAUCGUCUGCUACCUGUUUGUGGAAGCGUCAUGUGAUGUGCAAGUGGGCGGGCCCUCCAUGACGCUCGUGGUCCCAGCCGAACUUUUCCUAAACCACUACAUAUGGAACACAGAUGACCUUGUAUGGAAGGACAUGAAGUUUUACGUCAUCAUUGUCAUCAAGGCGACUGACAGGGGGUACUUGCGUGUGAGCGGGGAGCAGAUCAGGACGUGGAGGUGGCGGGCCAUGCACGGUGCCAGACUGUGGACUCUGGCCACGGGUCAACUGAGGAGGGACACGUAUGACGCCACACUGGACCACGGGGGGUCGGGCUUUGGCUGCUAUCUGUACGGCUAUCGUGAGAAGAACUCCAUCUUCAAAACCAACGGCUACAUCGUUUCAGACAUACACGCGAAAGAUUGUAACUCAUCGCUACGCCCUAUGACAGAGGGAGACUAUGAGGAUAACGAUUGUGAUGGAAGAAUUGAUGAAGAGAUAGAUAACAAUCAAGAUGACGAUGAUGACGGACGAAUCGAUGAAGAUCUCUGUGGUGUAGGGGAAGAGAACGGUGGGUGGGGCCACUGGGAGCCCUGGAGCUGUAGGUCAUCGUGUGGCUCGUCCAAUUUCUACGCCAGCAGACAGUGUGACAGCCCCGCUCCCAGGGGGACGGGCCAGUACUGCCCGGGGUUUCGUUACAAGCGCGGCGUGGGAGUCUGUGAUACAGGCAUACCGUGUGGUCAAAAUUGUCCACCCGGCCACUACGGGCGGGACUGUAGCGGCGACUGCUCCAUGUGUCUCACAGACUGUAACCACAUCAACGGCAGCUGUAGCGUGUGUAAGGCAGGCUGGCAGGACCCUCAGGAUGGGUGUAUCACACCCACUGUUUACCCGCCCCCACUCUAA